CCUGUCUUCCAUUCAUUAUCGAGCUUUAGUCAACGUGCUUCAGUUGAAACAAACUAUCAGUGAGAAAAGUGAAAAAAUAAAAAAUAAUGGAUUUGCCGGAGAAUAGUGGAACUUCCCGUGGACGAGGACGCGGUAUUAAGCGUGCCAAGGAGGCUAAGCGCGGUAUGCCUCAGCUGGGCGAGUCGCUACGUUCGUCGCAGACUACCAAAAGCGAAGCAACUGAACGAACUGAAACUGAACCGGAAGCAGGGGGUGUUCCAUCGAAGGAUUUGGACCCUCGCACGGAAACAUUGAAAUCCGCUGAAACUGAGUUCCCGACUUCGGAAGGGGAUCCUCGUGGCUCUGUCCGUGGCCGUCGCCUGAUCACGGAUAUCGUACACUCACGUCCCCAGGGCCUGGCAACUAAGAACGGAACGAGUGGAACAAGGAUUACUGUGCAGACCAAUUAUUACAAAAUUCUGAAACGUCCCAACUGGACAAUAUACCAGUAUAGGGUGGACUUUAGCCCUGAGGUGGACAAUACGCGCCUGCGUCGAGCCUUUCUGAAUGAGCAUCGCACAUUUGGGGGAUAUAUAUUCGACGGAACUAUCUUGUUCUCCAGCAAUUACUUCAAGGCCAUACCCAAUAGUCCCUAUGUCUUGGAACUUGUGACUAAGAGCCGCGCUGGCGAGCUUAUUAAGAUCAGGAUCAAACAUGUUGGCUCGGUGGAGACCGCGGACAACCAGCAGUUUCAGGUUCUUAACUUAAUCCUGCGCAGAGCCAUGGAGGGCUUGAAUUUGCAGCUGGUGUCGCGUAAUUAUUUUGAUGCUCAAGCAAAGAUCAAUCUAGAGAACUACCGCUUGGAACUCUGGCCUGGUUAUCAGACCUCGAUUCGUCAGCACGAGAAUGAUAUUCUACUUUGUGCAGAGAUUGCACACAAGGUGAUGAGAACUGAUACCCUGUACAACAUUUUAUCGGAUGCAGUUCGUGACACUGAUGACUUCCAAACUGCUUUCAAGCGUCAAGUAAUUGGAAUGGUUGUGUUAACAGACUACAAUAACAAGACCUAUCGCGUUGAUGAUAUUGAUUUUAAUUCUUCACCGUUGUCGAAAUUCGCCCAGAGGGAAGGUGAAAUAUCAUAUUGCGAGUACUACAAAAAACGUUAUAACAUCACAAUUCGAGAUUUGAAGCAGCCCUUAGUUGUAUCACGCCCCACUGACAAGAACAUUCGUGGUGGCGAUGACAAGUUAAUAAUGCUUAUACCGGAAUUAGCAAGGGCUACCGGAAUGACAGAUGCUAUGCGUGCUAACUUUAGAUUGAUGAAAGCCAUGAGCGAAUACACGCGUCUAACACCAGAUCGUCGUAUUGAACGCUUGCGCACAUUCAAUAAGCGCUUGAAGUCGUCCAAGGAUAGCAUGGAAUUGAUGAAAUCCUGGCAAAUUGAACUGGACACGGCCUUGGUGGAGAUCCCAGCUCGCGUUCUGCCACCGCAGAAUAUUGUGCUCGGCAAUAACAAGCGGUUCUUGUGCGACAGCCGCGCAGAUUGGUCCAACGAGUUCCGCAACUCAUCAAUGUUCUCUCACGUGGAGAUCAAGAGGUGGUUGGUGAUUGCCCCUCAUCGUGGUGUCAACGAAGCUCAGGACUUUGUGAAGUUGUGCAUUCGCGUGGCGGCAGGCAUGAAGAUGAGUAUCACCGAUCCGCGAUACGAGACGAUCAGCGAUGACCGCAACACCACCUACUCCCAGGCGAUUGACAAUGCCGGGUCCAAGGACCCACAAAUCGUAAUGAUUGUCUUGAAGGCCCCGAAUGAAGAGAAGUACAGCUGCAUCAAGAAACGCACUUGCGUAGACCGUCCAGUUCCGUCUCAAGUGGUUACUCUUAAGACCAUUGCCCCACGCCCGGAAAAAGCGUCUGGCCUGAUGUCGAUCGCAACCAAGGUGGUAAUACAGAUGAAUGCCAAAUUGAUGGGCGCCCCCUGGAUGGUGGAGCUACCGGUUCGAGGCCUGAUGACCGUAGGCUUUGAUGUCUGCCACUCGCCGAAGAGUAAGAAUAAAUCCUUUGGGGCCUUGGUGGCCACUAUGGACAUGAGGACAUCAUGUCGCUACUUCUCCUCCGUGACGGAGCAUUUGAAGGGCCAAGAGUUGUCCAACCAGAUGUCAGUCAACAUGACCUGCGCUCUCAAGGCAUACCGCGAGCACCACGGUACCCUUCCAGAGCGUAUUCUCUUCUUCCGCGACGGCGUCGGCGAUGGCCAGCUCCAUCAGGUUGUGAACACCGAGGUUAAAUUUUUGAAGGAAAAGAUGGAUGAAAUAUACAAGUCAGCUGGCAUGCAGGAUGGCUGUCGCAUGGCCUUUUUGGUGGUGGCGAAGCGCAUCAACACUCGCUACUUUGCCAACAAGCGUAAUCCGCUUCCGGGAACUGUUGUCGACGACAUUAUAACCUUGCCGGAGCGUUACGAUUUCUUCUUGGUCUCGCAGGCAGUAAGGCAGGGAACGGUGUCGCCAACCAACUACAAUGUCAUACAUGACAACAUGGGCUUAGAUGCGGAUAAACUCCAGAUCCUGUCGUACAAGAUGACCCACAUGUAUUACAACUACUCUGGCACCUGUCGCGUGCCUGCAGUUUGCCAGUACGCGCAUAAGCUGGCAUUCCUUGUAGCGGAGAGCAUUAAUCGUGCACCGGCUUCAGGCUUGGAAAAUCAACUCUACUUUCUUUAAAAAUCAUGUUAACACCCUAAAGGGCAAACUGACCAUUUUAUAUAUUUAAAGACAUUAAAUAUGUAAUUCAAUAUAUAAUCUAGUGUUAAGAAUUUGAAUUAUGAAUAAAUGACCUGUUAACUUUAAA